UCGUGGAGAGAGAGAGAUGGCUCGGACGAAGCAGACGGCUCGCAAGUCGACUGGCGGCAAGGCCCCUCGUAAGCAGCUGGCCACAAAGGCUGCCCGGAAAAGCGCCCCUGCUACCGGCGGCGUAAAGAAGCCUCACCGUUACCGCCCUGGUACCGUCGCUCUGCGAGAAAUCCGCCGCUACCAGAAGUCCACCGAGCUCCUGAUCCGCAAGCUGCCUUUCCAACGCCUGGUGCGUGAAAUCGCCCAGGAUUUCAAAACCGACCUGCGUUUCCAGAGCUCGGCGGUGAUGGCCCUUCAGGAGGCGAGCGAGGCUUACUUGGUAGGGUUGUUCGAGGACACGAACCUCUGCGCGAUUCAUGCCAAAAGAGUGACCAUUAUGCCGAAAGAUAUUCAGCUGGCUCGGCGGAUCCGUGGCGAGAGGGCUUAAAUCUCUGCUCGUCUGGCUUCCGUCCCAUUCCUCCGCCGCCCAGCCCUACAACGAAACCCAAAGGCUCUUUUAAGAGCCACUACAUGAUCACUCGAAAGAACUGAAGUUUACAUUUUUUUUGUGUGCAAUAUUUUUUCUAGUCUUUAUUGGUGUUUGCUUCUGAGCG